AUGAACAAAUUUCCAAACGAUCCUAUUUUCGUUAAUCUGCUCCGACUAAGGCAGUCGGUGCAGGGAGUCUUAAUCCAUGACGAUUAUGGCAUUGACGCAAGCCCCACCGACCUACUCAAUGAUAUCAGUCUUUUGCGCGAAACACUGCGAAGAGAGCUCCCUGUUGAGUGGUAUGAUGCCAGAGCAACUAAGGCCGCACCUGACGGCAAUCUCAAACUCUUGGCCUCGGCCAAUGUGACAUAUAUUCUGGCCGAGCCCAACACCAUUCAACAGGCUACUUUUAUCAAAGAACAUGCAAGUAACAUCAAGACAAUCAAGAUUGAGCGGAAGACAGGAUUCCAGUGCACGUCCGAUUCAGAUUUCGAAAUUGACGAGAAUCUGUCGAUUGAUGCGAAUCAAGCAUGCAUGGUCGUCCAGACCUCCGGAAGCAGCACCGGCAAUCCGAAAUGUGUUGUUAUUCCUCGCCGUACUUUCUUCUUCUCCGGCAAGGCAGACUCUGACCGUGUGUUUCUGGCUUUCCGUCCUGUUCAUUGGAUGGGUGGCGCAUCAGGGCUCCUUGCGCGGGUUCUGCGUGGGACGAAGAUUCACUGGCCACAACGCUCAUUCGAGCCAGCUAUGUUUUGGGAGAUCUUCAAGCAGGGUACCAUUACAGAUGUGUCGCUUUCUGCUGAUGAGCGUGAGGCAUAUGUAUCCGGGGUGGGAAAGAUCCGGGACGCCACGAUUAGCGGCUCAGCUAUGAACCCAGACACAGCCCAGUUUUGGAUUGAUCUCACGGGGAUGAAGAUCAGGAAUGUUUACGGGUCGACUGAACUUGGUGGACUGGCACUGGCAGCUGGUAUUGAUGCGCCAUACGUUGAUAGAUGCAUUGGUACGCCUACUCCUGGGGCACAGAUCAAGCUGUCAAAUGGAGACGAGGGAGAAUUGCUUGUCAAGUCUCCUCGAAUGUUCACGCAUUACCUCAAUGAUGAAACAGCAACAAAGAAUGCAUUCGAUGAAGAUGGAUUCUACAAAACAGGCGAUCUCGUUCGACGUGUCGGAGCCAGUUAUUUUUUCGAAGGAAGAGUAGACUCUGACUGGAUCAACUUUCUUGACCGCAAGAUUUCUGUUUUAGAACUAGAAGAAAACCUCCUGCGUCUUUCUUACAUAUCUGAGGCGCACGUUCUUCCUGUCCUUGACCAUGAGACCAGAGGAGUCGCUGCAGUACUUGUUCGUCUCAGCCGUGAAAACUCAGAAAUCAAUCUGCAAAAAAUCCGCGAUGACCUUUCUCUAGGCCUGGAGCGUUAUAAGCUACCUGCACUUCUAUACAUAUUGAAAGCCGGAGAGGACGUACCCAAAGCGGCCUCUGACAAAGUGCUCAAGACCCAGGCAUUAGACAAGUUCUUUCGUAUCCGUGGGUAUCGGCCUCGUGAAUAUUGCGUCGAUGGGGUUGAGUGUCUCCGUACCUCCGACUUGGUGAAAUGA